CGGCUCCCGCCGCAGCCGGGCACCGAGCUCCGCACCGGCAAAGAUGCCGCCGCCGGGCCGGGGCAUGCUGCGGCUCGCGGUGCUUCUGGGCUCGAUCUGCGCCUCGCUGGAGUCUGCGGCGCCGAGCAACUGGACCACAGAUGCCCCAAAUGUUCUCCUGAUCAUCGUGGAUGACCUCCGCCCCUCUCUGGGCUGUUAUGGAGACAAGCUCAUACGGUCCCCAAACAUAGAUCAACUGGCAUCUCACAGUCUCCUCUUCCAGAAUGCCUAUGCUCAGCAGGCCGUGUGCGCCCCCAGCCGUGUGUCCUUCCUGACUGGAAGAAGGCCUGACACCACCCGCCUCUAUGACUUCAACUCCUACUGGAGGGUGCAGGCCGGGAACUUCUCCACCCUCCCGCAGCACUUCAAGGACAGAGGCUACAUCACCAUGUCCGUGGGGAAAGUCUUUCACCCUGGAAUAUCUUCAAACCACAGUGAUGACUCUCCAUACAGCUGGUCCAUCCCACCAUAUCACCCGUCUUCUGAAAAAUACGAAAACACCAAGACAUGCAGGGGACCUGAUGGUGUGCUCCAUGCCAACCUGCUUUGCCCUGUGGAUCUGGCAGAUGUGCCUGAGGGGACCUUGCCUGACAUACAGAGCACCAAGCAAGCCAUCCAGUUGCUGGGAAAGAUGAACGCAUCUGCCAGCCCUUUCUUUCUGGCUGUUGGGUACCAUAAGCCACACAUCCCCUUUCGCUACCCCAAGGAAUUCCAGAAGCUGUACCCCUUGGAGAAUAUUCCCCUAGCUCCCGAUCCUCAAGUCCCAGCUGGCCUCCCACCCGUGGCCUACAACCCCUGGAUGGACAUCAGGGAGCGAGAAGACGUCCAGGCCUUGAACCUCAGUGUACCCUACGGCCCGAUCCCUGUCCAGUUUCAGAGGAAAAUACGCCAGAACUACUUUGCCUCUGUAUCCUAUGUGGACACCCAGGUUGGUCAUCUUCUGAGCACUCUGGACCAUCUGCAGCUGACCAGCCGCACCAUGGUCGUGCUGACCUCUGAUCAUGGCUGGGCUCUAGGGGAACAUGGCGAGUGGGCCAAGUACAGCAAUUUCGAUGUGGUGACUCGUGUGCCUCUGAUGUUCUACGUGCCUGGAAGGACGGCGCCACUUCCAGGGUCAGGCCAGAAGCUUUUCCCUUACAUCGACCCUUUUGAUCCUGCCUCGGAAUUGAUGAAGCCCGGCCGGCAAACUGAGGACCUGGUGGAACUUGUCUCACUCUUCCCUACACUUGCAGGCCUUGCGGGCCUUGAUGUCCCCCCUCUCUGCCCCAUCCCCUCAUUCCACGUUGAGCUGUGCAGAGAAGGCCAGAACCUUCUGGGUCAUUUUCAGUUCUCUGACUUAGAAGAGGAUUCACCCCUCCAUGGUAACCCCCGUGAGUCUGUUGCCUAUAGUCAGUACCCCCGGCCUGCAGAUACUCCUCAGUGGAAUUCUGACAAACCCAAUCUCAAAGAUAUCCAGGUCAUGGGCUAUUCCAUACGCACAGUAGAUUAUCGUUAUACUGUCUGGGUUAGCUUUGAUCCCCAUGACUUUCUGGCUAAUUUCUCUGAUGUCCAUGCAGGGGAACUGUAUUUUGUAGACUCAGACCCACUGCAGGAUCACAACGUAUAUAAUGAUUUCCAAAGGGGAGAACUUUUCCGUUCCUGGAUGCCUUGAGUUCUGCCGAGCACAGAGGGCAUCUCUCAUUCCCACUAUGAGAUAGCACUAUUGCUGAUUAUUUUGUAAUUAUCUAAAAUACUGCAAUCAGCUUGGGGGGGUUAAACAGAUCUGUCAGGCAUCAAUAAUUUGUCCUACGAGUAUGGCUAAUCAAGCCUCUGAUUUAGUCUUUGUCAAUUUGCAGCUAGUCAUUGGACUGAGUCCUCUAUUUCUUUUUAAAUUUUUUAUAUAGUAGUAGCUUAUUUCUUGCCCUGAAUAAGUAAGUGCACAAGCUAAACAUGAUUGUGGCCGAAUAGUAACAAAGUCACAAUUGUAGAGUAGUCAAAUACUUUAUUUGUAGAAUUUAGUGCAUUUCAAAAAGUAAUCAAGUAUCUGAGUUUUUGUACCAAGGUCUGUUUUUUUCUCUUUGCAAUUUUAUAAGAUGUCUUAUUUAGCUCAGUAUAGUCAAAAGGUCAUAUCAACAUACAAUAUUAUCCAUAUCAACAUAUAACCCAAGUUGUUUUCCUUAAAAAGUAAAAUGAAAAAUUCUAGAUGCCAGGGCCUUAAAGCCUUAGCUUUAAUUCUUAUUUCUAUGAUGAUGAAUUUUCAAAAUUGAAAGAGGAAAUAUGCAUCAAAUGACAAGGUAGACUUCUUUUGUUAUACCAGAUAGUGAUGCUCAGUGAACUGGAGACAGAAAGUGUAUGGGGAGUCCAGUUAAAAAUUUUCAGAGACUUUUUGGACCAAAUAAUUGGUUCACAAAUUAUAGCAUCCUUUAGGGUAAAGUCUAGGUAUUAAAAGGCACUGUUACUUUCAGUGCAUAGUAUCUAAAGAUGCAACUAGACCCAUGGAUGGAGUUACUCAUCAUUUGGUCAGUGUUCUCCAUAUCUAAGGUGGUUUGAUUGCAGACCAGCAUCCAUUUAUCCAAGAGGCAAAAAAACCCAACUUUUCAUUGCUAUUAAAGACAUUCAUUUUUGAAGUUCUAAAGUAUUUUGAAGGUUGUGAAAACUUAUUAAAUCUCUUAGAAUGUAGUUCUGGACACUCUAGGCCAUUUUCCUUCAAAGGGAUGGGAUACUCACAGUUCAUUGACAAAGUGUUGAAACAGAAUAUCAGUGGUCACCUGGAGAGUCAAGUGUUUUGUAAGUAGUCCUAUCUAAUGUAGUCUUGCAUCAAAGUGAGUAGUUUUUAUCGAUUCUCUUAAGUGCUGCUUUAGUGUUUAAAUGUUUGUGAUACAAAAUACAGCAAGUCUAUUCAGUGUAACCCCCUAAAGGCAAGAUAUUAUGUUGAAAUAUUGAUUCAAAUUAGGAACAUAUCUGAAUAAAACAUUUAUUGUUUGUGAAACAGCCCAAGAUGGAGGUUUAUAUGGUAGCACAAGGACGGAACUGUGAGUGUGUAAUGAGGAUUUCGACUGAAUGGGGAGUCCUAGUCCUCUCUUUUGUUCAUGAAACUCUCCAACCUUUUGUAAGUGUCAGACUUUAUACUGUUUCCUGGAGCAUUUCUGUGUCCUUCCUCCACUUGUUGCUCUUACCUUGUUUUAACAACACUCUGUAAAUGCCUCCUGACAGCCUGUCAAGAUACUUCAUUUUCUCUUCUUCAGUUUUAAGACAGGCUUUUGGUUCACAUCCACUUUUCACUUUGCUUUGUGUUGAGUCCAAAGCAGACAUGCCACUAUUGGGUGGUUUUUUUAUUUCUCACUAUGUCUGGAACCUCAGUUUUAGGAUCAAAAAUCUACUGCUUCUGUGCUUGCUGUGGUGUGAGAUACAGCGCCUGAGAGAGUCGGUUAAGUUGCCAUUCAUCUGUGAGACUGAAGCUGCUCCUCUUGUCUUAGUGUGUGGGCAUAACCUCAGAAAACUUUGAUUUUCCUUAGGGUGCCCUUUUCCUUGACUUCUGUGUAUAAAUCCUUCCUUUGAACAGUGUGGGUUGUGCUUCACGUUGAGUAGUUUGUAUUCUUCUAACACCUUUCAUGUGUGCUGGUUGCUCUUUGUGUUUUUGACCCUGAACCCAGUGGAGCACUAUCUUUAUUUCUCUCAGCCCUACUUUGGGAUGAGCAGUUUUCUUCUGUCUUGCUGACAGCUAAGCUGACCACAUUUUUCAUUUUCACAAGCCUUAGCAAAGUCAUAUCUUUCGCUGCCUCACAUAACCUGCUCUGAUACUACUGAGCUGAAUGUAUUUGUUAAUGGCUCUUCACUUUAUUUCUCAAAAGCCCCAUAUUACUAUGUAGUUGAAAGCAGACCUAGUGAUCCCAGAUAUUUGUAGUAGCCCAAGUUCCGUGGCUCACAAGCCAUAAUGGAGCAUUAGGACUACUUGAAGGGCAUCGUCCACUCCAAGGUUUUAGUUUAGCGGAGGUGGGAGGGCAGCCUUGAGGUUCUUGGCUUUCCUCCCACAAUUUGAGAAACAGUGCCCAUCAUCUCUGCUGUCCAAUAGGGUCGCCACCAGUAUAAAUGAUUCUUGGAAUAGAAAUGAAGGCCAGAGAUGGAACUCUGUAGAAGAGCUCAUGUUCCCCAUGUUUGAGGAUCUGGGUUAGAUCCUUGAGUGACCCAUAACAAUGAUAGUGAAUGGAAAUAAAACAAACAUUUCAAAAGCAGAGUAUCGGGGUCAGAGAGAUAGCAUGGAGGCAAAGGCGUUUGCCUUGCAUGCAGAAGGUCGGUGGUUCUAAUUCUGGCAUCCCAUAUGGUCCCCCGAGACUGCCAGGAGCGAUUUCUGAGCGUAGAGCCAGGAGUAACCCCUGAGCACUGCCAGGUGUGACCACCCCCCAAAAAAAGCAGAGUCUCAGAUGCCCUUGCUUGAUUUCAGGUGGUCAUCCUCCGUGGUAGCCAGUGGUCACCCCUUUGGACAGCACAUGUCUGGAACCUUCCCAGAGGGAAGCUUGAUUGUGUGGAGCUAUCCUGGAUGUAUGCUGUGUGAGCUGGAUCACCUUGUUCAUGGGUAUACUGUCCUAGUCAGUAGUAGACUGUCAGUAGACAGUCCCUGUCAGGAGUUGAGGGUAGUGUGUUCCCUUGAAGAGAAGACAGGGAGUUGCUCGAGUUCUCGCCUCUUCCCUUCCACUCAUCACCAUGGUCCUUUCUCCCUUUUUCCGAGUAGGUUACCUCCCUUCCAUUUUCCUCCCCCGUUCCUAAGAAUCCAUGUGUCUUCCUGGAAUUCUAUUUAAUCCUGUCCUUUAAUAACACCGAUAGUGCCUACUACUGGGUCUACACAGACCUUUGCUGAGCAGUCAGAGUCUUCCCUGACUCCACAAAGCCCCUUCCCCCGGCUGACCAGUUGACUCUGGUCCCUCCCUCUCCUGGCCAGUCCACCCUCCCUCCCCCCCAUAGGUUGUUCCUUCCCCACUCUAUCAUCAUUCAUGAUCAUUUCUCAUACCUGCACCCCCAUGGGUGAGAGGCUGAGGGCUUGAGACUUUGGACUAGAUACUAGGAUGGAAUGAAUGGCACUUACUUUCAUGAAGAAAAUUUUUUGUCUUUCAUCUGGUUCUAAAAUGAGUAUUAAAUACGGGAAAAUUUGAAGUGGAAAAUGUAGGAUCCAGGGAGAUAGUACAGUGGGGAGUGCACUUGCCUUGCAUGUGCAUAUGCCAGAUCCGGGUUUGAUACAUGGCAUCCCAUUGGUCUCCUGAGCUUGCCAGGUGUGAUGCCUAAGUGGAGAGCUUGGAGUAACCCAUGAGAUCUGCUGAAUGUGCCCACUGCCCCAAAAAGGAGAAAUUGAAAUUUCAGUGAACAGUGAGAAACUAUUUUAUUCUAGAUACUUAAUAUCUUGUCUUUUGGGGGAUGUAAAUUUUUUGCUUUGCUGUGAUCAUCAAGAUGCUUUGUCAUGUGAUUUUAGAUUCUUUUUAUCUAUUUCUAGAGUGUUACAUGUGAUUAUCAAUGACUUUUGCCAAUACAAUAUAUUGAUGGUAA